UAGUGACACAGGCAGGAUAUUGGAUAUUUAACAGCCACCCGAGUGUUUUCUCCUCUUCAUACUCUGUCAAAUUAGUUCUCUCACAGAUCCGGCUCUGUUCUCCAGGUUUAAUUAUAUUUCUAGCUGUUUUUUGUAACUCAGUGUUGUCAGUGGGUCUUUUUUUGCAUCGGUUGUUUGACAAACAACAACCUUCGUGUAAAAGUCUUUCAUUUGUUGAGGUAUCUUUGCGCUCCAGACAAAUGGCCUAUCCAGGAUACGGUGCCCCAGCCGGAGGAUUCCCAGGAAUGCCCCCUCAGCAACAAGAUCCCCUGUAUGGAUACUUUUCACAAGUGGCUGGCCAGGACGGACAGAUCUCUGCAGACGAGCUGCAGCGCUGCCUCACGCAGUCCGGCAUCUCUGGAUCCUACCAACCUUUCAGCCUGGAGACAUGCAGACUGAUGAUCAACAUGCUGGAUAGAGACAUGUCCGGGACGAUGGGCUUUAACGAGUUCAAGGAUCUGUGCCAGGCCCUGAACGGCUGGAAGGCCACCUUCUCAUCCUUUGACCGGGACCACAGCGGGACAGUGGAGGGCCAUGAACUGCAGCAGGCCAUCAAUACAAUGGGCUACAAUCUAAGCCCGCAGGCUUUGAACUGCAUCAUGAAGCGCUACAGCUCCCAUGGCAAAAUCCCUUUUGAUGAUUUUGUGAGCUGCUGUGUGAAACUCCGCGCCCUGACCGAUCAAUUCAGAAGAAGGGACACGGCCCACAGUGGAAGUGCCACGUUUCAGUAUGAUGACUUCAUCCAGGUCACUAUGAGCGUCUGAAAAGGACAAAUCCUUCCUCUGAGGAACUUCAAACCACUUCUCAUUUUUAUAACAUCCUUUACUGUUUUUUUUUUUACUUUUAUCUAUUUUGUAUAAAACCAGGGUCCAAAUGUCUUGGUUCAUUCCACUGGAAGCACGUUUAAGCCAUUCUUGCUCUUCUUCUAUGAUAAGAGGAAUGUUUUAACACCUUAAUAGCAUUUAGUACUUGUUUACUCGGGUAUUGGCUAUUAUCGCUCUUCUGCUAUCACUAUAGUCACUUUCGCUUGUUUCUACUAAAUCAUGUUAACCCUUGCAAAACAUUUAUGAAAUAAAAAAAAAUCUGUUAAUUC